UAUACAUAGGUAACUUUGGCCAAUAUGUCGGAGUCCUCAGACACAGAAAAUGAUGCUGUAGAAAAAGCCAUCGCUAUGUGCAGAACUGCACAGGGAAUGAUCGACUUCACAGCUAAACACCUGGAUGGAUUAAGGACUCAGUGCGACCCCUCAGAAGAACUUACACAGAAGGAGAUUAGAAACACCGAGAGUAAACUGAUCAAACUGUUCAGUAAACAGCUGGUAGCUAAGGAUCAGUUAGCAACAGACGAUGUCCACGACAAAUUGUCAGAGUACCCAAAGACAGAACAGUGGCUCACUGUGGUCGGUUUGGAGAAAGAUGUCAUCCAGGGUGUACUUCAAAGGGAGAUAACUCUUACAUCACUACUGGACAUGCGGGAAGAUGAGGUGAAAAACCUACUGCUGAGGUUUGAUUCCAAAGAGGAGGACCACAGAAAGUUCAAUUGUGCUCUACGUAACCUCAAGAAAUGGACAGAGCACCUGUUGGUUGGAGACACCGGAGGGGACAGUGAUAAAGACCUGAGCUGGACAAACUAUACGCAGGCUUCCAGUAGUCCAUACAGUGGCAGUUCACCAGGCUACCACUCCGGGCGGCCCUCCAUAUCCUCCCUACCCCCGGAAAAUAUCCAGCCCGUACCCAUCCCCUCGUCCCCACAGAGUACUCCCCCAUCACCGGUCCCCACCACCCACACAGACAGAACCAGGUAUACACCUCCUCCUACGCCUCCACUGACUGGCAGAUCUGGAGGCAACUCACGGAUGACAGGAACCCCGCCCACAAAUCGUCGACACAUCCUCAUUCCGGACUAUCCUCUCACAAAGAGUCGUUCCCAUGAGUCUCAGCUGGCCAACAGGGUCACAGAUAUCGAUGGACCUAAGUACAGUAAGAAGAAACCUACCAAUCUAAUUAUUGGAAACGAUAUGCUGAAGAUACGUCGGCCUUCCAACGAAGGCUCAGAAACGGGUGGGGGCAGUCGCGGUCCCUCGGGUCACACCUCCCCCAUUCCUAACUCUCCCAUACAUCCAUCACGACUCAAGGCUAUUGACUAUUCCAAAAAUACGCUAGCCGUGCCCAAGUCACCUAAACAACAUCAGCUCCAUGGUAACCACAGAUUUGAAAAAAAAUCCUUUACCAUAUUUGGAAGUAACUGUGACGUUUGUUCUAAAGUCAUCUACUUAAAUGGAAAAGUUUGCAAGGAUUGCAAAUUUAAAUGUCAUCGAGAUUGUGCGGGGAAAGUCAGUGUGAACUGUGCGGGUGACUACCCAGACAGCUUUUGGGAGGGAUCACCUGUCCAGACACGGAGAGACACAGAACCAUACUUAGAUACCUACCAUGGGGACGGCCCAGGCCUGAAACCAAACCGCUCUGUACCUGUGCUCAAUUCAGAUUCCAGCUCGUCCUGUAACUCCAGCACAACAUCCUCCCCCGCCCCGUACAUUAACUCUCCCGCGGGGCACAUCGCCUCCCCCUCCCCAGGGCCCUCACCUCACAGAAAAGGCCAACAGUUCCAUUAUCCAGACACCAAGCCGUUAAAAGUAGACAAGGCUACAGAAACGAAUAGUAGUGAACCUGUGAAAAUCAGUGUAACAACAGAUACCAAUACGUCAGAUGAUAGUAACAAAACCUUAGUAGAUAGUAACACAUCGGACAAAACUCUGCUGGACAGGGUGGACUCCAUGGACAGCCAAGAUGACCCAUUAGGUCACAGCUGGAAUAGACAGAAUAGUUUAUCAGUUACAUUAAAAGACUGGAUAAUUCCAUUUGAGGAGGUGAAGUUAGGUGACCUCAUAGGGACUGGGUCCUUUGGUGCUGUAUAUAGGGGCCUGUGGCACGGAGAUGUGGCCAUUAAGAUGUUAAAUAUAGAUUCUGAUAUGGACACACAGGCACAAAUGUCGGAAUUCAAACAAGAGGUGGCUAUGUUGAUCAACAAGAGACACGAUAACCUUAUUUUAUUUGCCGGAGCGUGUAUGAAGCCUCCAGCUAUUAUAACUAGUUACUGUAGUGGUCAAACUCUGUUCAAUUAUGUCCGCAAGGAGAAGUUCCAGAUGAACAGGACAAUAAUUAUUGCAUCCCAGAUAUUACAAGGGAUGGGAUUCUUACAUGCAAGAGGGAUCUUCCAUAAGGACUUGAAAUCAAAGAAUAUAUUCUUGGAAAAUGGCAAAGUUGUGAUAUCAGAUUUCGGAUUGUUCAACAUUUCUCGGCUCUGUCACGGCAACAGGUCUGUCCGAGAACUUUCUGAACAGCCUUCGUACUGUCAGGAAUUUGCUAGCCACAGGAAAGGAGAAUGGCUGAACAUCUCCCCCGGCUGGCUAGUGUAUCUCUGUCCAGAAAUCAUUAAGCGGCUGUAUGCAGGGGGCAACAAUAAGGACCUUCCCUUUUCAGAAAAGUCGGAUGUGUAUGCAUUUGGGACGGUUUGGUACGAGUUGAUUUGUGGGGAGUGGCCGUUCAAACACUACGCCCCAGAGUCGAUCAUCUGGCAGGUCGGACACGGGCUGAAACCUGCUCUUGUCUGUAUCGGGGCCUCCAAAGAUGUGAAGGAUGUGCUGAUGGCAUGCUGGGCUUAUGACCGACAGGAGCGACCAGACUUUAGUCGACUGUUAAAAUUGAUGGAGCGCCUCCCCAAAAAGCGCCUGGACCGUAGCCCCUCACAUCCAAUACACCUGUCGCGCAGUGCAGACCCAGUGUUCUCAACAUGAGGCGUGCUCUACAUGUCUUUCUCUCAGUCAUACGUAUACAAAAUCAUCCAUAUAUGGACCGAACAGGGCACAGACAACUGUGACCAGGAUACGUCUCAUCCAGAGAUGGAAUGCCACAGACAAAAGUUGCCUCCCCUGUUGGACCUGUGUUGGUCUAGUGAUGGCCCAUAGUGGUCGUAGCCUUCACAGGUCUCGACCUUUAUAUCAUUACCUGGAUCCUGGUGUAGGAUCCAUCAUAAUCAUGUGAUAGGGGUCACCUGACCCCGCGUCUGUGACCUCCCGGAGGGCAUUCCCGUGACGGAGUGGCACUUGAUUCCUCCUGACCUGCUGCUACAUAGGUCUCUGUGUCAACACAUCAUGUCAACAUCAGUACAUUAUGUUAACAGUUCUUUCAUAGAUGUUGUGUCAACACUUGUGUUAACACAUCAUGUGACAUCUUUAAGUACACCAUGUAUUUUCAUUGUGUCAACAUGAUUUAUCUUGAUAUCUGUUUACGCUGUUUUUCUAUGGUUACAAGUUGACAUAACCUAACUCAUUCACCCCCUGAAAUGUCAUAAUGUACUAGUCCAACCUUUGAAUUGGAAGAGUUCAAAUGUGUCUUCAGGGGUGAAUGAGUUUAUAGAUUAUGUCAACACAUCAUGUUCUCUUCUUGUGGUAUGAUUCACGUUAGCAUGAUAUUUCCAUGCGGUAAUCAGUUUUGUUAACAGUUGACGACAUGUUAGCACCAUGUUGCCACGAGUAAUUUCACACUCUCAUACAUAAGUGACAACAUGUGUUUUAAUGUCAACAUAGUUAUAUGUUGACACAAGUUAAUACAGUGUGUACUUGUCAACAUUUUGUGUUAUAACAUUGUGUCAACUAUUCUUUUCAACUUUAAACAUUUGUUUUCAUGGAACUUCAGUCACAUUUCAGCACAGUAUGUCAACUUUGUGCUAUGUCAUAUGUUAACAUUUUGUGUCAAAAUAUGAACUGUCAACAUUUCAAAAUAUUUAAUAUUUUUUCUUGAAGUGUUAACACUUAACAUUAUAAACCAUGUGUUAACACACUGUUAGAAUGUUGUCCAUGCAAUCAAUUUCCACAAUGUGUUAACAUAUCAUUAAUGUCUGACUCGUAUGUUUACACUUUGUGUUAAUGCAAUAUGUAAUGUUAAAUGUGUUCAGUUGUUAGGGUAUAAAUGUGAACAGAAUAUGUGGGGGGGAACCUGUGUGUGUACAUAGGGUACAUGUUUGUGUAAAUGGAGGUACAUGUGUAUGUAUUUAUAUUCUAUGUCAGAUCGUUUACAAAAGGGUGUCAGAAAGUUUUAACCUGCUGUGAUACAGGAUCUGAACAGAGUUGUGUGUGUAUAAAUGUACAAACUUGUAUAAAUGUCCCAAUCAUGUAUAAAUGUACAACUUUGUAUAAAUGUACGACUUUUUAUGACUAUACAAAUGCAUAACGACUGUGUUAUAUUACUUUGUAAAAAUUGCAAGACUUGAUAUCGGUGUACGACUGUGUAAAUCUCUGACAAAUUUAUCUAAAUGUCCGUCUUUCUGUGAACUUUUGUAUAAAAUGUAGAACUUUGUAAAAAUGUGUGACUUUGUAUUAAAGACAUCAUAUUGUGUAAACGUUUGACUGAUUAUUGACACAACAUUAUAUAAAAGUGUGACUAAUUGUAAUAACACAACUUCGUAUAAAUGUGUGACUUAGUGUAAGGACAAGACUUUGUAUAAAUGUGUGACUUAGUGUAAGGACAAGAAUUUGUAUUUAUCUCGGACACGACUUUGUAUAAAUGUGUGACUUAUUGUAAGGAAAAGACUUUGUAUAAAUGUGUGACAUAUUGUCAAGACAAGACUUUGUAUAAAUGUGUGACAUAUUGUAAAGACAAGACUUUGUAUAAAUGUUUGAUGUAGUGUUACAACAGUAAUGUGUAUAAAUGUAACUAUUAAAAAUGAUGCAAAUGUUAAUGUAUGUGUUAUGCAAUUAGGCAUAUGUGUCAAAGUGAUUAUAUACUUAAAAGUAUGGUGUCGAUGUGGUGUGUUAACACACCAAACGUGUUUUACAAGUGUUUACUUAUCAUUUAAAGUGUGUUAUGAGAUUUUUUGAUAAUUGCAAAUUAUAGAACUGUGUAAAGACUUUGUAUGCAAAGUUAACAAUUUGUGUGAUUUCAAUAUACUGUGUAACAUAACAAUGUGCUUUAUGUGUGGCAAAGAAUGAAGGGUUUCACCUGAACAACUACAGACAUUUCAACAUAGUGUCAUUAGUACACUUAUAGAACAUUUACGGUACACAACAUAGUGUCAUUAGUACACUUAUAGAACAUUUACGGUACACAACAGUGUCAAUAGUACACUUAUAGAACAUUUACGGUACACAACAUAGUGUCAUUAGUACACUUAUAGAACAUUUACGGUACACAACAUAGUGUCAUUAGUACACUUAUAGAACAUUUAUGGUACACAACAUAGUGUCAUUAGUACACUUAUAGAACAUUUACGGUACACAACAUAGUGUCAUUAGUACACUUAUAGAACAUUUAUGGUACACAACAUAGUGUCAUUAGUACACUUAUAGAACAUUUACGGUACACAACAUAGUGUCAUUAGUACACUUAUAGAACAUUUAUGGUACACAACAUAGUGUCAUUAGUACACUUAUAGAACAUUUACGGUACACAACAUAGUGUCAUUAGUACACUUAUAGAACAUUUAUGGUACACAACAUAGUGUCAUUAGUACACUUAUAGAACAUUUACGGUACACAACAUAGUGUCAUUAGUACACUUAUAGAACAUUUAUGGUACACAACAUAGUGUCAUUAGUACACUUAUAGAACAUUUACGGUACACAACAUAGUGUCAUUAGUACACUUAUAGAACAUUUAUGGUACACAACAUAGUGUCAUUAGUACACUUAUAGAACAUUUACGGUACACAACAUAGUGUCAUUAGUACACUUAUAGAACAUUUAUGGUACACAACAUAGUGUCAUUAGUACACUUAUAGAACAUUUACGGUACACAACAUAGUGUCAUUAGUACACUUAUAGAACAUUUAUGGUACACAACAUAGUGUCAUUAGUACACUUAUAGAACAUUUACGGUACACAACAUAGUGUCAUUAGUACACUUAUAGAACAUUUAUGGUACACAACAUAGUGUCAUUAGUACACUUAUAGAACAUUUACGGUACACAACAUAGUGUCAUUAGUACACUUAUAGAACAUUUAUGGUACACAACAUAGUGUCAUUAGUACACUUAUAGAACAUUUACGGUACACAACAUAGUGUCAUUAGUACACUUAUAGAACAUUUAUGGUACACAACAUAGUGUCAUUAGUACACUUAUAGAACAUUUACGGUACACAACAUAGUGUCAUUAGUACACUUAUAGAACAUUUAUGGUACACAACAUAGUGUCAUUAGUACACUUAUAGAACAUUUACGGUACACAACAUAGUGUCAUUAGUACACUUAUAGAACAUUUAUGGUACACAACAUAGUGUCAAUAGUACACUUAUAGAACAUUUACGGUACAUAAAUAGUGUCAUGAGUACACUUAUAGAACAUUUACGGUACACAACAUAGUGUCAAUAGUACACUUAUAGAACAUUUACGGUGCACAUUCAACACUUUUUAUCUAACACUUUCAGUAUUAUACUUCCAGUAUAUCACUGUACAACUUGCCGUACAUGCGCAGAAUUUAAAGAUUUGAGUAGUAUAUUUCAGUACACUUUACACAGUGUAGAACAUAAAUUAACAUUCAGCAAUACAGUUUAGCUUUGUUUCGUUUAUGAUACUAUAACUUGUCAGAUGUAGUGCCCCUAAUCCUCCAGCUAUCCUGAAAUGAAAUUACCUAAUAGGUGUACGAUGAUAAGUACAGUUGUAGUUAAUUAAAUUGCAAGAACACAUGCAGUUCAAGUACAGUAUAAUUACUGUACAAUUAGUGUAAUUACGGUACAUGUAGUGUAAUUACAAUACAAUUAGUGUAUUAACGGUACAAUUAGUAUAACUACGGUACUAUUGCGAUUACAGUAUACAAAAUGAAUACACUUUACUGUUGAUGUAGCGUUCAUUUAAAGAUCAUGAACGUGUUUGUUUACACAAAAAAUCAUUGUUCCAAUGCCUAACUCAUAUGUGGUAUGAUGUCCAUCAUAUGUUUUACACUAUUAAGAGUUGUGAAACUGUAUUAACUGUAAAUAUCUGAAGUAAGCCCAGAGGAUAAACACAUACAUUCUCACAGGAAGAAAGGAGUGGGCCUAUUGCAGGACAAUUACAUAACGUUUGUUCCAUUUCUACUGAACUGUUUUUGACAUGGGUGGGCAGGGGCUUAUUACCGGAUAAAUAUGGUAAAUGUUAUGAUAACGAUUGCAGGACAUUACAGUACAAUUACUGUAUAAAAGGAGAGUAUAAAUGCAGUACAGUUCCAGUACCAUAGUAAGUCACGGUUCGCCAAAUAAAAACCCAGGAUGUUACUUUCAAAUUGUGUUUUAAUAUCAAUUUUAGUUUACCCAUAAAAUUUUACUUUAACCAAUUCAUUUUAAUAUUUCUACUAUCGAUAAUAAUAUUUUGUUUUUAUUUAAUAAUGUAUUAAAUGUAUUGAUCUUCAAAUAAAUGUAACAUAAUAGUAACCGUUAUUAUAUAAUCAAACAAAUCAAAUCUGUGAUAUAAUUUUAUGUUAGAAUGCAAAUUUUACUUUUGGGGUAUAAACAAAUUUAAAUGUGUAGAGAAAACAUCAGAUUCUGCAAGGGGUUCAAAAAUGUCAUUUCUGCAUGUUUUUGCUCUUUGUAAUGGGGAAAAUUUUCCUUUUUUGGACAACAAUUGCUUCAGUGACUUUAACCCUCGCAUGUCCAGGGGAUGUUGUUACGACAACACCCAACACUCCAACCCAACCCCAAUGAAAAAUACAUGUAAUGCGUACAAACAUUUUCAAAAUAUUUCUCACUUAUAUUGGAUUCCUUCAGGAUAAAUGCUAUGCAUCCAUAGGGAUAAACACAGUCAUAUUUCAUAAUUGACUCUGGGGUCUGGGUCCACCCUUAGGGACUUAAUUAUUGGGUCAUAACUUUGAAAUGGUUGAGAUCCCCACCCCAUAACCAUAUACACCAUUGCUGGGCAUCAAAAGAUGAAUUCAAUCUAAGUAGUGACUCUUGUGUCUGGCCCCACCCCUAGCCCUAGGGACUUAUUUUCUGAGCCAUAACUUUUAAAAUGGUUGAGAUCCUGAACUCGUAGCCAUAUAUACCUUUGCUGGGCAUAAAAGAUUCAGGUGAGCGAUACAGGUCAUGUGGGCCUCUUGUUUCUAAAUAUUUGUAUUCUUCCCUUAACUUCCCGUAGCAGAGUCGGGUCACAAUAUUUCUGUUGACCAGGCAGCUUAAUCUGUUAGAGCAAUGGCAUUACAAUCUGAAGUCCGGGGUUCGAAUCCCAGUCUAGCCCCACAACUGAUAUUUUUACACCCAGAACACCGUUACUGAUGACAUUUUGUUUAUUUUGUCUUUAUUAUUUCUCAUAAAAAACAACUGCAAGGUAUGGUUGUUUUCUUUUCAAAUAUGAUUUAUUAAAGCUGUACUCAUGCUGGAUAAAACGGUUUCCAAUGCUUAGUUACAGUUUUGGCAGUGGUAUGGGGAACCGUAAAUGUACACAUAUAUAUUGAGUUUCCCUUUAAAAGUGAUAAUCAGCUGUCUGUUGAUAUAUUUUUUUUUUCUCAAUUAUUUUUCCUAGCUGAUACACUAAAAAUUGUCGGAUACACACAAAUACAACACUGCCCAGUGAAAAAUACAUUUAUUUUUACAUGUUUACGCAUGUGGCUGCUCAGAUAUUUAAUACAUAAGUCAAAUGCUGCCCAAAGAUAAAUUAAUUAAUUCAGAUAGCCAGUGAUAACCCAAAAUUGAAUAUGUGCUAAAAUUAAAAUGGCUGCCGAGAGCAAAUAAAUUAAAUAAAACAUAAAAACUGGCUUUCCAGAGAUAAUCAAAAUUACAUAAAAUCGGAAAAGUGGCUGCCCAGAGUAACCUACAGUCUAUUUAAGGAGAGGGCUUAUAUAGGUUAUGUCUGUAGCCCAAAAUAAAAUGUUGUGAAAUGAGAAAAACCAAAACUUAUACACAUUUGUGGCCAGCAAGACAUGACCAAAAUCUGUACCAUUAUUUAUAGGCCAGAUAGACAAUGUUCUGAUACUGCAAGUCAAACCAUAAUCUAUACCAUUAUUUAUAGGCCAGAUAGACAAUGUUCUGAAUGCUGCAAGUCAAGUUUUGUACACCUUAUCUACUUCAUAUUUAUACUUACACCACACAAAUGCACAUGUGUGGUUAAGUUAGUCAAUUCUGCUGGUAGUGUUUCAUAUUUCAAAUCAGAAUAAAUCUAAAGGAAAUGAGUACAAAAAUCACAGGUUUAACAUGCCAGGAAGCAUAUAGCUCCAAUCAAUAGAACUGUAUUGUAAACAUACUUAACAAAAUCUGAUUAACUGAAGUGUUUGUAUAUCACAGACCCUACACAAUAAGACAUGUCUAGUAUUAAUAUAUCACAGACCCCACACAAAACAACAUGUCUAGUAUUAAUAUAUCACAAACCCCACACAACACAACUUGUCUAGUAUUUAUAAAUCACAGACCCCACACAAAACAACAUAUCUAGUAUUAAUAUAUCACAAACCCCACACAACACAACUUGUCUAGUAUUUAUAAAUCACAGACCCCACACAAAACAACAUAUCUAGUAUUAAUAUA